ACCAAAAUGGAAAUGAUCACAUCAGCUGUAGAUGUUGACAAGAUUCCGUUAGAGAACAUGACUGAAGCCACGAUGUUUAUACUCUUGGGCUUCACUGAUGACUUUGAAUUGCAAGUUUUCCUAUUUUUACUGUUUCUUGCUAUUUAUCUCUUCACUCUGAUAGGAAAUUUUGGACUGGUUAUUUUGGUCAUUGGGGAUUGUCGGCUACACAACCCCAUGUACUAUUUCCUAAGUGUUUUGUCUUUCCUGGAUGCCUGUUAUUCUACAGUUGUUACCCCCAAAAUGUUGGUCAACUUUCUAAAUGAAAAUAAGUCCAUUUCGUUCCUUGCAUGUGCAACACAGAUGCUUCUCUUUGUUACUUUAGGAACCACAGAAUGCUUUCUGCUGGCAGCAAUGGCAUAUGACAGAUAUGUAGCCAUCUACAACCCACUUCUGUACACAGUAACCAUGUCACCCAGUGUAUAUCUGCCACUCAUCAUUGCCUCCUAUGCUGGUGGGGUUAUGCAUGGUGCUAUACACACAGUAGCCACUUUCAGUCUGUCCUUCUGUGGAUCCAAUGAAAUAAGGCAUGUCUUCUGUGACAUCCCGGCAUUGCUUGCUCUUUCUUGUUCUGAUACACACACAAAUGAGCUUCUACUCUUGUACUUGGUGGGUUUGAUUGAGAUUGUCACCAUCCUGAUUGUUCUGGUCUCUUAUGGAUUCAUCCUCUUUGCCAUUCUCAACAUGCAUUCUACUGAGGGAAGGAGGAAAGUGUUCUCUACAUGUGGCUCUCAUCUCACUGGAGUCUCUAUUUACCAUGGUACUAUCCUUUUCAGUUAUAUGAGGCCUAGUUCCAGCUAUGCUUCAAGUCAUGACAUGGUAGUUUCAAUAUUUUACACAAUUGUGAUACCCAUGCUGAAUCCUAUCAUCUACAGUUUGAGGAAUAAAGAUGUAAAAGAGGCAAUGAAGAAAUUGUGGAGAAAUGUGGUUCAUAAUUAA